GUCCAACAAACUCGUUGACCCCGCGCCACGGACCUCGGCGUGCUCGCAUGGACCCAAAGGAGCGCAAGAAACUCGAGAGACAGAAGAAGAAGGCCAAAGCGCAGCAGCGCAAGAGUUCCAAAUUGUCGAAUGCAAUCCCACCGAUGCCUGUCGCCAAGCAAGCUACGAAUGCAGGCAACUCAACGUCGAUGUCGCAGAAGCGGCCGAGCGAGAAUGCACCCCAGUGCGCUGCGGCUCCGCCGACAAAGAAGCAACAGGUGAAACAAGCGAAAGCUCUACCCAUUGCAUCCAACUACACGGGUCCAGAGAAGUUUCUAACCCCGUCGCAUCCGUCGUUCCACGAUAUCCUCACGCGGUCGUACGUGGGCUUUGUGCACGAACCUGCCGCCAAGCACCCUCGCGGGUUCCACACAGGGAUGCGCACGGCCUUUGAGACCCUCCGAGACAAGGGAUACUUUCAAUACGACGUCGUCAUGGCUGGCGGCAAGCACUUGUCUCGAACGUUUGUGCGCCGCACCCUUGUCGGCAAUUACGGCAUUACGUACAAAUACCUGGGGCUUCGGAUCUUUGCGCACGCGUGGGAUAGGCCCAACAGUGCUCCCGUCUUCCGCAACAUCCAUGCGCUAAACGCGGCGUUCAUCGCUCGGACAAAGGCUUCGAUGACGCCGCCACCUCCGUCGUGCGAGUACAACCUAACGCUGAUCAACUACAUGGAGCCGGACAAUCCGCUGCUCGGCCUCAAAGAAGAUCCGACGUACGGCAUGGGUAAAGUCAGCGUGAGCUGGCACGCCGACUCGUCCCUGGAAGACUACUCGUCGAUCGGAGUGUACCACACAUUGCUCCCGAGCAAGCCCGCCAAGAAGGGAACCAAGGUUGGUGUGUGCGACUGGCGCAUCGCGAUGCGCUUGUCGCCGGACGUUCCUGGAGCCAAAACGACGCCGCCCCUUGUGUUGCCCACGGGCGACGGCGACGUGUACUACCUCAACGGCGACUUCAACCAUUUCCAUCAGCACAUGGUUUUGUCUGGCACGGCCGUGCGCGUGAGCAGCACGCAUCGCGUCGCUGUCACGGCAGAAGACACGCUGCAGUUUAUUCAGGCCAAGGUCUCCGCGGCCCUCCAGUCGAGCACGGUGCAAAGCGUGCCGAACGAUGCGGACGUAGCAUGUCGUCGAGGUCACGCCGAUGCGGUUCGCGCCGAACAAGCGACGAUCACGACGCUCGAAAUGGAGUGGAUUCGCCAGUACUGGAUCCAAGGAGCCAAGCACAACGAUCUCCACGUGGACUGGCAGCACCCGAUGGCCGCGCUCGAAGCCAGUUGGCGCAAACUCGAAGCCCGGACCAAGACACUCGUCGGCGCGUUGCUGGCGACGCAACACGUUGAAGACCUCAAGGUGGUCAAGGCAGUCUUGGAAGGUCUCCGCGGCCGCCAAGCCGGUCGCGACCAGUUUGUCCAUCGCAUGCGCGAUAAAGUAUUCAAGCGAAUCGACCCCGAUUUCCAACCCAUGGAACGACCUGUGUGGAGCGACUGGGACGACCGUCACCUCCUCCCAAAGGACCUCACGUCGACGAUUCACGCACUCCAUUCGCACAAGCACGUGCUCGAGGCGGAGAAGAAGAGGCAGUGGAAGGACCAUGCCAAGCAGCACAAGAAACAACUACACGCGUGAGAUGUGCUGAACGAAACAGAGUCGUUUUUCUUUCGUCGACUGGAUGGGCGAUCCCUGUCGCGUUGCCGCCGCUAGUUUUCCACGGCCUGUGCAGUCAUGGACUCGCGCGCUCCGCAACGCCUCCGCUUUUGACGGACACAUCACGACGAUCGAGGGGUGGCAGCUCCCUGGGGACACAUCGUGCGAUGGGGCUCGUGAACACGAUGGUGACGACCACAAUGCAGACAUACUGUCGACACGAACACAACCUGUCGACGGCGAUCGCUCACGAAAGGACGUGGCGAAGCCAAUCGAGGCCUUCAUCGAGUCCGACGUUGUGGACAGCCGAACACGCUUGAAUGAACCAGUGGACCUGGCACAGGUUGGCCAACUUCAUCUUUUCGACGACUUCAACGGCGGUCAUGGCGUUUGGUAGGUCGACCUUGUUCAUGUACAAGAGGAGCUUGGUGUGUCGGAGGUCGUGCUCAGACAGCAUGCGGUGGAGCUCUUCCGUGGCUUCGCGUAGGCGGCGUUUGUCUGUGGAGUCGACGACAAAGAUGACGGCGUCGGUGUCUUGGUGGUAGUGUCGCCACAGCGGUCGGAGUUUGUCCUGGCCACCCAUGUCCCAAGCUGUAAAGCGGAUGUUCUUGUACUGGAACUUCUCGACAUUCAACCCCACGGUCGGAAUCGUGUGGACAGCUUCGUGCAGCUUGAGCUGGUACAAGAUGGUCGUUUUCCCGGCCGCGUCCAGGCCCAGCAGAAGAACCCGCCGCUGCUUUGUCCCGAGGUCGUCUAACGCAGCCUUCAUCGCGACGACGAGGUUGCCCAUCGUCGAGAUGACUGGCAAGUGCCAAGAUCUCGAAUGGUGCUGUUGUAUCUUUUGCCCUUGGCACGUACUUGAAGUAUAAUACUGCUUUCGCCUGUGAAACGCACAGUCGAAGGAGUUACCGACUGGUUUCAAACACAAUAUAAAAUACACACAUUUAAUA